UUCAUGGGAUCCAACUUCCAGCACUCUAAAGUCAUCGUCUAUAUCUCAUCACAACAAAGAGACAUUUAACAUGGAGAAGCAGUGAUGGGUCGGCUACAGGGAGCAGAACUGCUGCUUUGCCUGCUGAUGAUGGAUGGGUUUGAGAUGGUGCAGGCGCCAUGUGCGUGUCCUGAAGAUCCAGCUGCACGGCAGAAGCGUUUGGAUACCCUCUCACUCUUCCAAGCACAAGAUUCAGUUGCCCACCACCCCCCUCGUUCAUGUGGGCAUGUCUCCCCUCCCCCUCCCAUGCACCGAGAUCAGCACCACAAGUUGAUGUUUUCUUUAGCUCCCGAAGGACCACUGGCUUCUUGGAUCUGGUGACCUCGACGACGCUCCUCGAAUGCAUGUGAUGCAGGCGUGCAACGUUGAGGGCCAAUCGAUCUCCUCGUCGAAGCAGCCGGUGCAAGUGUUGUGUUGUUGGAGAAGAAAGACUGGAGGCCUCGAUGUCUGCUAAUGGAGCUACUAAAGAAGACUGCUGGCCCUGGAGAUAGAUUAUUACAUCAUCAUCAUCACCGUGAAGCUAAUUAAGAAGACUGUUGGCGAUGCACCCCUUAAGGAGGCACCGCCGGUGUUGAUUUGAUCUCCCAGAUGCCUCGUGGUCCUCGGGGACAAAAUGUCACCGGUUCUUCUUCAUCAUUGCCUAUUGAUUACCGCUGUGGUCCAACCAUCCACCAGUUCUUCAUCAUUUCCACCUUCACGAGGCACUUCCCGUACGAAGGAACUGAGGAACGGUUAGCCGAGUACUUAAGUGGUAGCAAAGUAAAGAUGCAGGUAGAUAGUUCCGACGAGAACCUCGUGAAGGUGGAAAUGGCCCCCGCCCCUUUUUGAGUGUCUAAAAAGAGUCGUCCGAAGGAACAUCCCUGAACUCCCUCCAUCCGACUUGACCACGAAGAAGAACAAAGAGAAGAUCGACACAUGAGAUGCCAGGUAAAAAAAAAAAAACCCUUGGUAGAAACUCCCUCCUGCAUCAGGUAUUCUGUCAUGUCAGCGCUCGCACACAUUUGGCACCAGUGGGUGGAGACUGGGGAGGAGGAGCACAUGCGGUUGAAAUCUAAGAGCUUUCUUAAAUCCAUGGAUAAGCAUGGGGAGGUGGGGUCUUGGCAGCUUCCUUUGGGGUUGGCAUUGGGGUGCGACUCUCUCCCUUGUUUUCCUGCUCUUCUCCUGCCCUUUUCAAGGAUACUCUGUCCCCCUAAAAGACAAGCACCGCACCCCCACAUUUUUAUAUGACCCAAACUUGGUGCAAGAAAUCCAGCAGAUCCCGGUUUUGUUGAUUCAUCACAAACCAAACCAAACCCAAACCAUUUGGGUUCCAUUCUCCUUUCUUUACUCCUCUGAACCCCCUUCUCCCUUUUCUUUAACCGCUAGUAGUAGGCUUAGCUUAGACCGCGUUGUCAGUCUCCUCCUCCUCCUCCUCCUCCUCUCACCAUGGCCAUUGAGACUUGCUGCCCUAAGAUGACACACACACACACACAUGCUCACCGUGUUCCUCAAAAACCCUGAAUGAUUCUCAUUUCAAUCAUGAUGAUGCAGCUGCUUUGCCGAAACACUGAUCCAAAUGAUCUUAAUCCACAUAAUUGUCUGAGAAUAUCCCACCCAUGACUUGUCGUCACGUCAGUGAAAGCAAAAGCUACUUUGACAUGAUUCCAGCUCCACCGAGUGUAAAUUAUUCCUUAACCUGAGAUUUGGCUCUACAUUCUACUGUCAUGUUGAUAGAGACCGGUAGAAGUGAUCCUUUGACUUGCGAUCCUAAUUAAGCUAAGCAACAUCUGUUUGGAUGUAUUAUCCUGUACCUGCAAAUCUCAGUUUAGCAAGUCAAAUGAUGGAUGCUAUCCGAAUGAUUCUGACUUACACAGAUGUUUGUUUAAGAUAUGGUAAAACAGUAACAAGUUGGGAGAGGGAAGUGCAUGUUUGAACCACCCAAUUCCCAUAUGAUCCUUAGUACAUUCCUCAUUUUAAUAAGCUUCCAAGCCCAGCCAUAAUAGCUGCAGACAGCCUGUUCGACUUCAUCCGGUACUUGUUUCAAGCUAAGAAGAAGCAAGCUCAGUGAGGUCAUGGAGGUGGGCGAAUGGAAAGGCAGCUCAGCUCAGAUCACUCUUGUACUGUUGUGGCCACAGGGUACCAGACAUGAGCACAUGUGUAGGACAUUCACAACCUCUUCUUCCCCCUACAUAUAAUGCUCUUUCCAAUAAAUCUGUUCCAAAUGCACCACUUCCCAAAAUUCCAACCCACAUAUCACUUCUUUAUUGCCAUCCCCUGACCCUCUCUUUCAGAAGCUACCAAGAAGCAGAAACCCAAUUCCGCAAGGGAGGGAGGGAGAAAGAGAGAGAGAGAGAGAGAAGAGGCGCAGCAGCUGCUGCUUUAUAUAUGAUCCGAGACCUCCUCAGCUGCAUUCGGCGCCAUGGCCAGCCGAUGAGCAUAGCUCCUCCUCCUUGGUGUUGUGCCCCUCGUCUCGCGUAGCACCGCCUGCUUCUCCUCCACGGCCGGAUCGAUGGUGAUGCCCAGCUGCGAUCCCAACGACCUCGAGGGCAGCACGCGACUCAUCGAGGACCUCACCGCCAAUGCCCGUCAGGUCCAGCAGCAGGUUCUGAAUGAGAUCUUGACGAGGAACGAGGGGACGGAGUACCUACAUGGUUUCCUCCGUGGCCACAAGGGCCGUGAUCUCUUCAAGAAGAAGGUGCCGGUGGUGGAGUACGAUCAGGUCAAGCCUUACAUCGACCGUCUUGCCAAUGGGGAGCCGUCUCAGAUCAUCUCCGCCCAGCCCAUCUCGGAGCUGCUCACCAGCUCUGGGACUUCUGGCGGGCAGCCCAAGAUGAUGCCUUCCACGGUCGAAGAACUGGAUAGGAAGACCUUCCUCUACAAUCUCCUCAUCCCUGUGAUGAAUCAGUACGUCGACGGGCUGGACCAAGGGAAGGGCAUGUACCUCCUGUUCAUCAAGCCGGAGAUCAGCACGCCGGCCGGCCUCACCGCCAGGCCCGUGCUCACCAGCUACUACAAGAGCCGCCACUUCCGGAGCAGGCCCUUUAACAGGUUCAAUGUCUACACCAGCCCGGACGAGGCCAUUCUCUGCCCCGACAGCAAGCAGAGCAUGUUCUGUCAGCUCCUCUGCGGCCUCGCCCAGCGCGACGAGGUUCUCCGAGUAGGCGCCGUCUUCGCCUCUGCCUUCCUCCGCGCGAUCAAGUUCCUCGAGGACCACUGGCCGGAGCUCUGCUCCAACAUCAGAACCGGGACCGUCAGCGACUGGAUCACCGACGCAAGCUGCCGCGACGCCGUCGGCAGAAUCCUCCGCGAGCCCAACGCGGAAUUGGCCGACGUGAUCGAGUGGGAGUGCAGGAGGGAGCCCUGGGAGGCGAUAGUUAGGCGGCUAUGGCCGAGAACCAAGUACGUCGACGUCAUAGUCACCGGAUCGAUGGCACAGUACAUUCCGCUGCUGGAAUUCUACAGCGGCGGCCUGCCAUUAGUCUCCACCAUGUACGCCUCCUCGGAGUGCUACUUCGGCAUCAAUCUGCGCCCACUUGACCUGCCAUCGGACGUCUCCUACACUCUCCUCCCCAACAUGGCCUACUUCGAGUUCAUCGAAGCCGACAAGACCGAGGGGGGGGAGACCAGCAGCGUGGAGUGCAACUACACCGGCGAUCUCAUCAAGGUGGUGGAUCUUGUGGAUGUCGAGGUCGGCCGCUACUACGAGCUCGUCGUCACCACAUUCACAGGCUUGUACAGGUACCGAGUUGGCGACAUCCUCAAGGUUACGGGGUUCCACAAUGCUGCACCGCAGUUCCGCUUCGUCCACCGCCGCAACGUCGUCCUCAGCGUCGACACCGACAAGACCAACGAAGAGGACCUGCUGAAAGCCGUGACGCAGGCCAAGCUCCUGCUGGAGCCACUCGGCUGCCUCCUCACCGAGUACACCAGCUACGCCGACACCUCCUCCAUCCCCGGCCACUACGUGCUCUUCUGGGAGCUGAAGACCAAAGCCAGCUCCGAUCCUUCCGACGUCGACUCAGCCGUGAUGGAGGACUGCUGCUCCACCAUCGAGUCGUGUCUCGACUCCGUGUACCGGCGGUGCAGGAGCAGGGACCGAUCCAUCGGGCCGCUGGAGAUCCGGGUGGUGCGCCGCGGCGCCUUCGACGCGCUGAUGGACUACUGCGUGUCGCUGGGCUCGUCGGUGAACCAGUACAAGACGCCCAGGUGCAUCAAGUCGAGGGAGGCGAUCCAGCUGUUGGAGGAGAAGGUGGUGGGGAAGUUCUUCAGCAGGAAACUCCCCUUCUGGAAGCCCUACACGAUGAUGGAGACCAAGGCCGGUUGAUCCAGCACUGAUGCCACCACCACCCUCCUUCGUUUACUGUCUCCAUGUGUAAUUCUUGUCCAAAGACCACUUUGCUUUAGUGACAGUACUGUACUUUUAUUCCUACUAUCCGAUACACCGGACCGAUGAUUAAUGAAUUCAAUGAUCGAUCGAUGGGGUUCA